AGUGGACUCCCGACCAUGGAGACAGGGUCGAGUGUAAUAAUUCCUUACGUAAAGUGCAGUUCUGCUCUCGUAUCGCAGACUCGGCGUAUAUUUUUGAAACCCCUGCAGCCUCGCAACAAGUCCGUCUGAAUUCUCCCGCUUUAUAGUCAAGAGGGCUUUGAAGAUGAGCGAAAGCAAAUAUACGGUGGAAUAUGCCAAAAGUGGCAGAUCGACCUGCAAAAAAUGCAAAGUGAAAAUAGAGAAAGGUCAAAUGCGGAUUGGAGUACACAUUGACAACGGUCAGUUCGAGUAUGUGAACUGGACACAUCCCGCCUGCUUCACCAUGCCGCGCAAGCUUAACAUGGGAGCCAAUGCGAUGACUACGCAGCAAUUUAUUGAAGCUCAUCUCGAAGAUACGACAGGAGGAGAAAUCCUUCCUGCGAAGGCCGAAGAGUUAGCCACGGAGAUUGACAAGAAGGUCGACCUACAGAAGAAAGGCGAUGACAAUCAUUCAGGAUCGCCCUUGGACUCUAUCAAGCAGGAGUAUGAACAGCAGCAAAAGGACACAGAUUCAGGAAACGAGCCGCUGCCCAAAAGGACAAAGUCUAGUAGUGGCAAGGCGGUUGAGCUUUAUGCAAAGUACAAAUCAUUGAAGGUCGAUGAAUUGAAAGAUUUCUUGCGAUGGAAUCGACAAGUCAUGACGGGAACAAAGGACAUUGUCCUUUUUAAAGCAAUUGACGGCAAUAUAUAUGGCCGGCUCGCUCGGUGUGUUUUGUGUGGUGGUCGCUUAAAAAUGAAUUCUGACUGCACAAAAGUUAUAUGCUCUGGUUCCUUCGACGAGGAUACAAGCAUGCGUAUCGAUUGUGCCUACCAAGUCGAAGUGCCCGAAGCACCGCGUUGGCAGCCAUGGUAUACUGAAGAACCUUCCGAAGAAGAACAAGAAGCAAUGGAUAAGUUAGAAUCCGAAGCGUCCCUCGACAUACCCGCUCCUGAUCCAGAACUUGAUGUCGACAUUGGGAAACUCGUAAAAGAAGCAGAAAAGUUGGAAUGGAAGCUCACAUCUAAGGAUGGCUUGCGGAAGGCAGUCGCUGAAUUGACUGAUGUUGUACAGAAGCAUGAAGGUAAAAGUGUGGAUUUGCCUGACGAUAUUGGCAGUGCCAAGAUGAAGGUAGGCGAGGUGAUAGCGCGAAAUCGAGAAAAGUCUGCUGCAGAGCUUGUCCCGAUCAUUGUGCAGGAGUUUGGCUUCAAGGAGAGCAAGGUAGCCAAGGCUGCGAAGAAGGAGGCCGCAAUGGAGAUCAUGGUCAAGGAACCAAAGAAUUUACCUCUUGUCGCUGCUUUUCAAGAACUGUCCGAGCUGUACUUCAAAGAGGGAAAUCGCAAUGCUGGUGCCUCUUAUGCCAAGGUUGUCAGCGCUCUGAAAGAGUUGUCAUACGAAGUAACAGAAGAAAACGCGAAAGGACUAGGCAAGGGAAAGACGAAGGUCGCAAACAUUGGUAAAACCUCAGCGGAUCGAAUAUUCGAAUUUGUCUGUACUGGCAAAAUGGAAAAGCUUAUAGAAAAGAGAGCUGACGCCUCCUAGCUGGAAGUACUGGGAAAUAUGGAACAGCAGGAUUUCAUUUUUUGGGGCGGUCACGCAUAUCAAGAUUUGGUUGUCUGAGAUUUUCGAUUCCAACGUCUGGCUCUGUCAAACUUCGCUCUGUAUAUAUCUGCAACACUAUCACCAGACUGCGUAAACCAAGCAGAUGCAACUUCUAUUUUUACUUGAUAACCGUCGUAAAAAGGUUUGAGUCUU